UUUGCAAUUUAGUGAAAUAUUGCAAGCAAAUAACAAAUUGAUAUGCCAAAAAUGUGGCCAGGCAAUUUAACAGAAGCAUUAAUUACGAAAUAUCAAUCUUAUCCGCAAUUAUGGGAUACAUCUUCACCAUAUUAUUCAGAUAAAAUUAAAAGACAAUUUGCCAUUCAAGAUAUAUCAAGACAUUUGGAUGUCUCAGAAAGUGCAGUGAAAGCUAAAAUACAUAAUUUGAGGACACAGUAUUUUCAAGAAGUUCGCAAAAUGAAGCAAAAAAAGAAUGGAAUUUAUGGUAUUAAAUGGAGGUACUUUGAUGAUCUGAAAUUCAUAUCACCGCCCAAUGACAUGGUGACAUCUUAUAGCGGCGAUACUAUGGUUUUUCUCUCAAGUGAAAAUGAAACUCAAGAAGAAAAUGAAAAACCACCAAUUAAAAUUCAACCAUUUAAAAUGAAAAAAAAGAGACAAAGAGAAAGUUCUUCCUCGUAUAACAAUGAAGUUUUACUAAAAAAUGAAAUACCUGCAAUUGAAUUAUCAAAUGAUGAUGCGUUUCAUGAAAUUGAAGACAAUACACCAUCUACAAGUCAAGACCAUAGAACAACUAAAAUGAAGAAGCACAGUGAAUCGUAUGUUUAUGAUGAAGAAGUUCUAUUUGAAAAGGCACAAUCUGCAAAUGAUUAUAAGUCUGUGGAUGAUUUUCAAGUAUUUGGUGAUUAUAUUGCAUCUGAAUUUAGAGUUCUAAAAUCAAAUAGAUGUAGAAUGCUGCUUCGUCGAAAAAUUCAAAAAGCUAUUCUAGAUGUAUCUGAAAUGGAUGACUUAGAAGAGAGCUCUUCGUCUUACGGAAUAAAUUGAAACUCACGGUACAUACUUACAAAAAAUAAUCACUUACUAGUAACUAGUAUGCGAAAAAGAAACAAAAGAAUAAUACAAAUUAUUAUUAAAUUUUUUUUAGAUCAGUACC